AUGCACACCUUCGAGGGAGACGCUUGCCCCUCGGUCUCCACGCCGCCGGAGGACGGCGCGUACAUAUACGGGCUCUUCAUCGAGGGCGCGCGUUGGGACGCGGACGUGCAGCUCUUGCAAGAGUCCGAGGCCAAAGUGCUCUUCACGCAGCUGCCCGUCGUGCACAUGCUGCCAGAGCAGCAUCGCAAGCCGCCGAGCGAGGGCGUCUACGCGUGCCCCAUCUACAAGACGCUAGCGAGAUUCGGCACCCUCUCCACCACCGGGCACUCAACCAACUUUGUGAUGGUACUUGACAUUCCAUGUAGUUUGGACCAGCCGCAGCCGCACUGGGUGAAGCGCGGGGUGGCCGGGCUGCUCUCGCUGAACUUUUGA